AUGGUGCUGGAGCUGCUUUCCAACAAGCAAUUGUUUCGGAAAGAAUUUCACCAAACGACGCACAAGCUGGUACGUGCCUGCAAAGUCUUCGGUACCGUUCCGUGGGAAGUUACGCUAUUCGAGAGCAAUGGCAAACCGCUUAAUGGAUGGGCGGUGUGGCUUAUCCGUGCAUCGAACGGGCUAUACUCGGUCUGCUUAAUGACGGUCGUACUGGUGGCCACCGUUCUACAGCACAUCGAAUUCGACAACCACAUGCCGUUUAUGACGCGCAUGCUCUACAUCAUGGAGUACCUGAUGGAGAAUGGGGUAGUGAUGCUGAUCCUGCUCGGGUGCCACUAUCAGCGUCGCUGCUAUGGCCGCUUCUCGGAACGGUUGCUUGCGGUCGCGAUCGAUGUGUCGCUGUGCGGUGGUACGGUCGAUUUUUCGCGCAUCGAAACGAUCUUCAAUCGGUUGAUGGGGAGUGUGAUGCUUUUCUUCGCCGGCGUACUAAUGGUGGACUUCCUGUACAACGAUCAGGUGUUUUGGAGCUUUGUGCGCAGUUCGGCGAUCUACACGCUAUCGAACAUGAUCAAUGUGCUGGGGAUAGUACAGUACGCGUACGUGCUGUACGUUGUGUUUUACUUCUACUACGAUAUGAACCGAUUGCUGAAAUCGUACACACGCCAUCUCCACACCCAGGACAAACGGUAUGCUCGGCGGCUUGCCAGUGAGAUCGUCCUGCCGUCCGGAGCGCUUUACGAUUAUGCACAGCUCAUCGACAUCUUGCGCCGAACGCAUCUGCAGCUAAGCAAGCUGACCGAGCAGGUGAACGGUUGCUUCGGUGUGCUGAUCGUGUCCACCACAACCGCCUCGUUCGUUGUGCUCAGUUUACAGUUUUUUGCCAUCUACCUAGUAACGACGGUACGGAUCUGGACGGUGAGCGAUACGUAUCUGCUGAUAUACACCGUCCUGUGGAUCGUACUGCAUGUCGCCAAGAUACUGAUGAUCCUGUACCCGUGCCAUCUUGUACAACGCGAACGGGACCGUACCGGGCCGAUUUUGUAUCGCUUUGAUCCGACCAUGAAAGAUGGUGCGUUGAAUAAUGCGUUGACGAAAUUUUCCAGUCAGUUGCUUCACGUGCAGGGACCACUAACGGCAUGCGGUGUUAUCAAUCUAGAAAUGACGCUCAUUAGCACGAUGGUUGGCGCCCUUACGACGUAUCUCGUGAUACUGAUACAGUUCGAAACGGCCGUUAGUCAAGGUCAGGCUGGCAACAGUUCAGCGGCGCACUUCGGUACAGCGAAUGGCCGUGGUAACGGUUCACUAUCAGCCUAGCGGUGGCGAUUUUUCCACCUUCAC